UUUUAGUGGCACGAUAUUGGUCGCUGCCAAUCAGCUCCCAGAAAAAAAACGAACGAAACAACCGAUACGGUCAUAGCCGAUGUUGAUAAAAAAGUGGCCGAUACAGGCGAUCCGAUACCUAAAACCUUGCACAAAGGCAACCAGCAACCUUAUCCUCCUCAAGAACUCAAACGCUAUUGACCACACAGGCUCUGCCUCGAUCUAAAACGAAGAAACACAGUCCCUCCGUCCCCGGUCAUUGCCUCAGAAAUCAGAAUCCACAUGGCCACCCUUCACCUCUCAUGGCCUCCAAUGGCACUGAAACAUCCACAGUUGAAUACCCAUUCAGCUUCAUGCUUCAAAGUAAAACCAGCAGGUAUCGGAAUGAUCGAGAAAAGCCGUCGGCGGCCCUGCAUAAUUCGAUCUUACAAAGUAGUGAUAGAGCAUGAAGGCAGCACCACAGCGAUGGAGGUAGACCCUGACGAGACCAUCCUCUCGAAAGCACUCGACUCUGGCUUGUCCGUUCCUCACGACUGCAAGCUUGGGGUCUGCAUGACAUGCCCUGCAAGGCUUCUCAGCGGCUCCGUCGAUCAGAGCGAGGGAAUGCUCAGUGACGAUGUCGUCGAACGCGGCUAUACGCUGCUCUGUGUCUCCUACCCUCUUUCUGAUUGUCACAUUCGGACCAUCCCUGAGGAUGAACUACUCUCGCUGCAAUUGGCAACUGCCAAUGACUAGGUUCUGCUUCAGGUCUACGGAGUCGCUUAUUUCAAUGGAAUUCCUGCUAUGCUUCCAAAAAAAAAAUUAUUUUUUGUGAGAUAGAAUGGGAUCUAGUAGGUCUAGUUCUAUAGGUUUUAGUUUCUCAUCAAUGUAAAUGAUAUUAUCUGAGUCUCAAGUUGGCAUGAUUUCCGUGUACCCACUGCAAAAUUCUCCAAUUCAAAUGGUCAUACCAGUGCAGGUCAUGAGCUUCUCCACCA